AUGGGACUGCCGCCCUCCCCGACAAAAGUUCCCAACCAAUCAAGUGGCAGUAACAGUAGUUGUCUCUGGCCCGAGUCCGAGUCUCCCACCUCACCACUCUCAGCUACAGCUCACCCACCACCCGCCGUCUACUUUAAUCCCCCUACUCGGCUGGCAACCAACUUCUGCUACACAAGCCACGCCCAGUUUCACAGUCUCGGUAUUUAUGGCACUUCCGGCGCAGGUGAUUGGUGUUUGUCACCAACACUGCGUGGGCCAACGACGUCAGACUCACUUCAGUCGGAACUGGAAUCAUCAGAAUCCAGGGAGAGACCUCAGGAGCCCAACCUCCAUCUUCUCUCCCACGCCGGUGCCUGGACAACCCUCCCCCCAGUCUGGCCUUGCCGGUUCACAGAAGAUGGUGGUGGGGACGCCUUCCGGCUCGGGUCUGAUGAUGACGGUGGGUAUCAGGCGGCCCUCUUGGAGGCCCCGCGUCCAAACUACAGCCUGCUUCUCUGCCAUCAUCAGCCGCGAGAAGAACAGUAUGAGGCCGCGCAACAGCUCCACAUUGGUCAGCCGAAUGAAAUGCCAGUGCAGCAUUCCAUCCAGGGACCGAUGGGUUAUCCAUACGCCCCAGUCACCUCUGCACUGCUGCCUCCGUACACCCCGUCCUCCGAACUCACACCCGUAACAAUGAUUGAAGAAGUAGAACCAAAUAGUAGACACCACCAGGCAACAGAGAUCCUGACAACAAGGUCACCUUCAGAGCAACUUGACACAACCACUACCGCAACAACAACAAGAGGAGGUCUUUCGUACAAUCCGGCGACGCUUUUGGCAAGCUACCGCGAGCAAACGCAUUGUCACCAGCAGCAACACAACCACACUCCUACCUUCCUACACGUCUAUGAGACGCAACAUGCACGGAGGGGACGCAUCGAUUCUCAUAAUCAAGAGCAACAAGGAGACAUGCGGUUGGGUCAUUGUGGGCCUCCGAACCCCAUUUCCGGACUGUCUGUGGUCCCAGUGUCCUCCGACUGUGCGUCUUUGACAGAAAAGUCAGAAUCAGGCCUGGAAUUCGGCUUUUAUCCGUCUAAUUCGAGUGGUGAGUACACAGUGAACUUGUAG